AUGACGUCAAUUCUAGCCUUUAUCGCUAACUCUAAAGAAGGCGUUUCUACCCAAGAUAUCGAAAAGGCUUUCCCUUCUCUUUCUUUAUCUUCAAUUGUGGCCGAACUUAACCGACUUUCCAAAGAAGGACAAGUUGAUAUUUUUCGAACUAAAAGUGGAAUAUUCUACCGUCAUAAUCAAGAAGAGCAUAAGUUUGCUACUGGUGAAGAGAAGAUUCUUUAUUUACUGGUUAAAGAAUCGGGCAGUGAUGGAAUUUGGAUUAAAGAUAUCAAAACAAAAAGUGGACUACAUCAAAAUCUGAUUACUAAAAUACUACGCAGUUUAGAACAACGUUUACUUAUCAAGGCAGUCAAAUCAAUCAAGCAAAACCGCAAAGUAUAUAUGCUUUAUGACUCAGUACCAUCAGUAGAGUUAGGUGACGGUCCUUGGUUUACACCAGAUGGCGAGUUAGAUUUAGGAUUUGUUGAUGCCAUCAAAACCGUAGCUCUAGAAUGGAUUGCUAGUUUUGCCACCAGUACACAUCUUCCCCCAUUCAAAACUUUACCAGAAUGUCAAGAUGUCCAUGACUUCAUAACAAGAGCCGGUAUUUCUUCCAUUCCCUUAAGUUCCAGCGACGUCCUACGUAUUUUAGAUCUCCUAGUUAAUGAGCAAAAGGUUACUCGUUUAGGCACCAAGUACUUAGCCAUCACCACCUCCACCUAA